AUGAUCUCAAAAUGCUUUCAUAAAUUUCAGAUGAAGAAAAUCCAUCGGAAGCAAGAGGUGACAAAGAUGAGCAACGGUGCUGCCACUUCAUCAGAAGGCGACACAAAAUCGUUGGAUGAUUCGAAAUCGAAUUGCGAUGACUCCGAUGAUGGUAAUUUCUUGUUUUCGUGCGAAUUAGACUCAGACGGUGACGAUUUGGAUGAUGAACCUGGAAGUGACGGUAAACUGAAGGAGUUAACGAAUCCAAUUGAUAAAUUGUACAACAUGCAAGCCACAUAUUUUGCUUUCACUUGA